GGGUGGAACCUUCUCCUUCCUGGUUCCCACCUUUGCAAUCUUGGCUUUACCAAAGUGGAAAUGUCCAGAGGAAUUCCAGGACGGGGUCUGGACAGCAAAUGUUACAGAAGAAUACAGGACAGAGAUUUGGCAGCUUAGAAUGCGAGAAAUUCAGGGAGCUAUCUGUGUGUCUGCUAUCUUACAAAUUAUACUUGGAUACUGUGGUAUCAUUGGGUUCUUACUUAGAUACAUAACUCCACUGACGAUAACUCCGGCAGUUGCAAUGAUUGGGAUAUCUCUAUUUCAGGCAGCCUCACACAACGCUGAAGGAAACUGGGGAAUAGCUUUAUUAACAAUAGUUGUGAUGGUUCUCUUUAGUCAGUAUCUCAGGGAAGUCGAUGUACCCGGAGUAAAAUAUAGCCAGGGUCGGCUGAAAUGGAGUAAAUUGCCCCUGUUAAAAUUGUUCCCAAUUCUUCUAACUAUUCUACUAAUGUGGGGACUGUGCGCUAUCCUAACUGUCACGGAAGCAAUAGGACCAGAGAACUCUGCUAGGACGGAUACAAAACUUGCUCUAGUCAGGAACUCAGCUUGGUUUAGGUUCCCCUACCCUUUUCAAUGGGGAGUACCUACAGUAACAGCAGCUGGAGUGUUUGGUAUGUCUGCUGGAGUACUUGCAUCUGCUAUAGAGAGUGUUGGUGAUUACUACGCAUGCGCUAGACUUUCCGGUGCACCAAGGCCACCAACCCAUGCCAUUAACAGAGGAAUAGGAACUGAGGGUUUUGGUUGUGUUCUAGCCGGAUUAUGGGGAACAGGAAAUGGUACAACAAGCUACAGUGAGAAUAUUGGAGCUAUUGGAGUUACGAAGGUUGGGAGUAGGCGAGUAAUCCAGUGCGGAGGCUUGAUCAUGAUUCUCUUUGGUCUUCUCAGUAAAUUUGGUGCGUUUUUCCUGACUAUCCCCAGUCCUAUAGUUGGAGGGAUCUUCUGUGUAAUGUUUGGAAUGAUAACAGCUGUUGGUCUUUCAAACCUUCAGUUCGUGGAUUUAAACUCAUCCAGAAAUCUGUUUGUUCUCGGUUUUCCUAUUUUCUUCUCGUUGAUGUUACCGGAAUGGGUGAAGAAAAAUGACGAAAAUUUAGAGUUUACAGGCAAUUCUGAGCUGGAUCAAAUAAUCAAGGUGCUACUUUCAACUCAUAUGUUUGUUGGAGGAGUUCUGGGAUUCUUCCUUGAUAAUACUGUUCCAGGUACUAGAGAAGAGCGUGGAUUAGUUGCUUGGGAGGAUCAACAUGAUGGGGAAGAUUCUGCCGGAGCUCAGAGUAAAACUGACAGGUGUUAUGAUCUUCCUGUUGGCAUGGUUUGGCUGCGUAAACAGAAAUGGGCUGAAUAUGUUCCAUUCCUUCCUACCUUCCAGGAGAAAAAGUUGUCUAUGACGCGACCAAAAUGGUGCAAAAGAAGAAAUGGAAAGUGGAACUGCAGAGUAAAAAAAUAAAAAAUAAAAUUCAAUAACCAUUAAAGAACAUUCUACAGAUUACUAGGACGGAACACAAGGAUUGAUGGUCUAUCUAUAUUUUAUCUGUGUAAUUUUAUAUUAAAUUAACCUUGGAAAGCGGAGAAGUAGAAUGAUAAAGUGACAAUGUUCAAAGAAAUAAAUUAAAGCCAUAUGGAGGUUUAUAAACAAGAA